CCUUCUUGAGGGUAAAUUCUUGGGAUUCGCAGCUUCCAAACAGCCGAUUUCCUUUCCUCGCAGCUGGGAGGGCAGGUUCCCAGGCUGCUGCUCCUGUGCUCACUGACUGCCACUGCUGGACCGUCCCCUGGAGGAGUUAGUCGCUUCACUUCUAAGGUCCCUCAAAGCAAACAAGGGGGAGGCGGGAAGGGGAGAGAGGGGAUCCGGGAUCAGCCUCUCCUGCCCCAGCAGCAGCCGGGAUGCUCCGAGGCAGCGGCAGCUGCUGGCCUCUGGAAUCCCGGCCGGGCGAGUCACCCCGUUAGGAGGCCCCGCCAGCACCCCCCGCCCGGGGGCAGCGGCGGCAGCAUGGGCAGCGGCAGCAGCAGGAGGAAGCGGAGCUGCAGCCCCGCCGCGGACCGUCCCGGCAGGCGGGGCAGAAGCAGCAGCGCCCCCAGCGGGCAGGGCGAGGAGGCCCGGGGCAGCCAGGCGCCCGCCCCCACGGAGCUGCCCAGCACCAGCCUGCGGCGGCCGCAGCCGGGCGGGCCGGCGGAGGACUCGGACUGGGAGCUGCUGGAGGAGGUGCUGGCUGAGUGCGAGGAGCCGGGCGCGCUGCCCCCCACGGCCCGGGGCCCGGCUGCCCCCAUCCCGGGCCCGCCCCGCCGGGGGCCCGCCGGGGACUCCUGGGCCGGCCACGACCGCCACCCAGGGGCGGCGGCAGCAGGGAGCGGCCGGGGCAGCGGGGCCGCCGGAGGGGACCAGCCGGCCUCCUUAACAAGGAGUACACAGGACCCAGAGAACAACAACAACUCGGCGAGUGAAUUUCCAGUCAGAAGUAACAAGAAGCCUGAGAUGCAAUCCCCAAUAUCGUACGAUUACGCUGAAGAAGAGCUCAUGGCGAGUAUUGAACAAGAGUACUGCCGCUGAGACCCAGUGCUGUAUGAUCAUAGCUGACAGGGGCACAUAUGAGCAAGGGUUCUGUGAACAAAAUAACCCUGCACACAGUGAGAUUGUUCUGAAGAAAUGGAAAAGAGGAGAAUGAAAUGGGAGAGAAUGUUACCACUCAGGAGGCUGUUAGUAUUGUAGGACUUCGAAGAACUCCUUUUUGGCAAGUGCUGAGCAAGAGCACUGAUUAACGAAGGAACCCUCGCUGAGCAGUGAACAAAAGCAAUGCGGUGGAAAAAAAUAAGAUCUUAUUACUUUCCUCUUGUAAAUUAAUAUUUAAAAGCUAGUUUCUAAGUAAUACUUGUGUAUGAAGACUUAAAUAUAUUGUAAGGUUGAGAUGUGCCAUUUUGACAGUGUGAUUUCAGUCAGAGAAGUGCAGCAAAUCAUUUGAAUAAAUACUUACUUGAUAGGAGAUAUCCAAAAUUUACCUUUCCUGGCACUUAGUUAUGGGUCAAAUUCAGACCUAUGGUAAGCAGCUUACAACUCUUUACACCAGGUAUGAAUUUGCCCCCACAUGUUUUUUUUAAAUAUUCCACAGCACAGAAAGAGGGAGGGAAGUGAAUCAAUCAUUCCAAACUUAGGCUGCAGGAUCUAAGAGUUCAAAUCCCAGUUCUCUAUCAAACAACAGGUGUGGGAUUUGUUCUGAUUGUGCACAUGGCUCUGUUCCUUCUAGCUCCCCUUUUCCAGAGAGGCAGGGGACUGAAAUUGUCAAGAGUCCUGCUUCCUUAAAAGGCAAGAUUCUUGUCUAGUUUCUUACCUGCUGGCUUACAGAAAUGGAAGCUACAGGGAAAUCAGAAGGACAGAAUGACGUGCACAUACCGGUCCAAUGCCACAUGUACGCGCCUGUUGGGUCACCCACUUUGAGAUGGGCUUUAACAUCAUUGAAGAGCAGUAGUUCACAAAUCAGCACUCCAGCACUGGAGUUAGAUAUAAAUUGAUCACUUCGGGCUUACACAGGAAUUUUCAUUAGUGCUUAAUUUAAAAUUCACCACAUUUAUCACUAAGGACAGAAAAGUAAAACAAAAAAUCCUAUAAGCGCAAAGACUCAAAGGUUUUCAGUAUGAUUGACAGUGAAGCCUUAUACUUUUUAAUUAAGGUUUCUGUGCGUUUGUUUGUUUGUUUGUUUGUUUGUUUUGGAGCCUGAUACACUUGGAGUAGCUGCUUAUCAGAAUUAGAAAAAAUAACUUCUUUCUGUCCUCUGAUGGAACAUAACACGUCAGAUGAAAUCUCAAGGGCAAAUCGAUGAGGCACAUGCUAAUGGAAACAGUGGGAUACACCUUAAGAUGUCAAGGUUUGACUUUCCCUUUGUAUUUUGGUGUAGAUUUCACAAAUAUCUAUGUUCCAGAUAAUUCUCAAUAAAAGGCAAAAGUAUCAGUUUGGGAGAGACUGGGUGAUCAAUCUUCUGUCCCUCCAACUGUUAUUUUUUCAUGGAAAUAUCCAGUAGGAUUUUUCAUGUGGUCUCACUGCAUAUGAUUUUUUCUUCCUAAUGAGGCAUCUAGUUUUAGUUUUUCCUCCAGAUUCCAUAAUGAGGAACCCGUGGCUAUCUCCAGGUUGUCAUGUUCUCGUAGCCAAUGUGACUGAGCACAGAUGUCUCCAUGCUGGUUCAUAGUCCUCCCCUACUCAGUGCUUCUUCAGCACACUGAGAGCCUUUUAAUGAAUCUUCCAGGAAUAUGAAGAUAGUAGAGACAAAGUGCAUCUGUAAGGGGACGUGCACAAUUCUAGAAGGAUGUAGAGGAUCAUGCAGAUAGCACAAAACCCCCUACUGACCAGUUUGGAUAAGAAGCAGUGUUCCAAAAGAUGUCCUGCUUAUGUACUCAGAUGGUGGGUAUCAUUGUGGUGUGAACCUUACAUAGAGAAGGACAGAAAUGUUCCUGUUGGAGGUCUGGUGUGGUACCCAAUCAGAUGGAAGUUAUAGCUAGGGCAUGUCUACAUGGGGAUGUUAGUGCUAAUAUGCUAAAUAAGCUAAAAUGUGACUUUAAAGUGUACUAGGUACUCAAUUAGCUACUCCACACUAGCUCGCCAUGUGGGGACACUGACUGCGCACUAAGAGAGCCUAGCUUGGUAUAUCCAGAAAUAUCCUGCUGUCAGUCAAAAGAUAUAUGUGCAGUGGUUGGGGGAGGUAGCUUAACGUAUCAGGAGUAGAACCACACACAAAAAUAGAAAAUAUGGUAAUAACUGGUUCUUGAGUAGAAACAACUCGUUCAAUAAUAUUACCAUGUCUGAAAAUUACACAAAAGUAAUAACAUGAAUUUAUAUGGCCAAGGUCCGUAUUCUAUUACAUUGGCCAGAAUUAAAUUAAACGAAAUUAAUCUCCAAUAACCUGCCAUGAUAGCAAGCAAAAUUAUAUCAGAGUGAGAAGAAUACAUAGUGCAUUUUUUGUAGAGAACAUAAAAAACAUCUGAAGAUUUCUAAAUCUAGUAGCUGUACAUACUCAUGAUGCUGCAUGCAUGGUGCGUCCCCUUUUUGUUCAGAAACUAGCCAACUUUUAGAUUUCUACGCUAUCCAGGUUUCUUCCUUUAGAUUGGGACUGUUCUUGGACACAGAGGGCCAGAUUCUAAGGGGUGCCCAGUUUGUGAUAGGCAGAGAUGAGGGGAAGGAAGCCACAGAGGAAUUGCUUGUGGCUCUCUGAUUCUGGAGCCAGUUAUGUGCUGGGGCCUGCCUACUUUAGGAUGACAACCAAGAUGCUUUAAAAUAUGGCAGCUGGCUGUGGCCUCCAGGGUUCAUUUUACCAGCCAUGAAUAGAUGGAUGAAAGUACCCCUCUGGCCACACCCCAAUGUAACACUAGGGAGGCUGGAGAAGGGUGGCACACAUGUCAGUUGGGGACCGCUCAGCUGGAAUCCCAGGCUGGAGAAAUCUACCAACUUUCCAGACACUUUGAGCUGCCAGACCUUCCUGUUAUACCGUGUAGGCAGGGAGAUCACAGCCUCCUUCAGUAUCUGAGACCUUCCCCUGCUCCAGGGUCUGCCUUCAGGGCCGUCCCUAGCCAUUUUGGUGCCCUACGCAGCCCCCCCAGGCCUCUGUGGGGGGGGGGAACUGCCCCCCGGCCCCAGCCCGCUCCACUCCCCUGGCUCCCAGCCUUGGGGGGCAGGGGGGAACCACCCCCCAGCACUCGCCAGCGGCGCGGCUGGGAGCCAGAGGAGCGGAGCUGGCUGGGUCCGGGUUGCUCCACUUACCACACGGUGAGUGCACGCCCAACCCCUGCAGCAGUCCUCUGGGGAGUGGGGGCAGGGCAGGGGCAGAGGCUUGGGGAAGGGGUGGAGUGGAGGCGGGGCUGGAGCAGCACGCAGCUGCGCAGGGCACCAGGAAAUGUGGUGCCCCAAAUUUCCUGGUGCCCUCCGCAGCUGCGUGCUUUGCCUAUGGGUAAGGACGGCCCUGUCUGCCUUGCUGAGGUCAGAGUUCAGUUUCUCUCUCUGCAGCUGUAUUCUAUAACUGCUCCAGCAAAGAAUGCUUUUCAGGUUGUCUUAAAGGAAAGACUGUGUUUUGGGAAUUUUAUAGAAAGAGAAAAUAUUAAAAUAAAAAGCAUGAAGAAAUAGUCAUCCCUGACUGAUUAUUAGGAAAUGUACCUGGAGGUCGGCACUAGGCCUAAGAACUGAACAUUGAAAUCUAACCUGCCUGGCAAGAUGAUUUAUUUUCUCCCCAUUAGCAUUUGGGGUGACAUCAUACUUUAGUCCUGUCUGUGAUUGCCAUUUCCCCUGUGUGACAGCCAGUUGUUCAUAAGAUGACAAAAUUCAUUCCUAUUUUUAAAAAGCAUCUCAUCUAGCCUGUCCCUAAACAUAUGGGACUACACUGAGAUACACCAGCUGGGUAGCUGGCCUGUCAUUUCAGUCAUUACCCUUCUAUAUGACAUAUACAGCCUAGUGUACUGGAGCAGGGCACGGUAUUUAGUGCAAAAAACUUUCAGUCCUCUCCAAGUAAACAAUAAAAGAUUUUCCACAAUUUAGCAUGGUAUCUUCCCUUGUCUAGAAGCAGCACGUAAAUACAAAAUUAUACAAAUACAGUAUGUUCUGUACUUUGCACAAACUAACUACCUUAUGUUUAGUGCCGUGCUGGCUAUUAGCAAUUCUACACACAGCCACUCCUUAAAAAACACCAAACCAAACCACCGUUGGUCAGAGGGUUAAGGAAAGGGUCACAUUUUCCAUGGUACCACUUAAAUAGAUUAUCAGCUCCAGCCACUUACUUAGCUUUCACUGAGUGUAGUGUUUAAAACAAAAACAAACAAAAAGUGAGCCUUCAGAGCAUGCCAUGCAAACUAAAAAAACUAGAUCAUAAGAGAUUUUUAUAUAAAUAUUAACCAAAAGGCAAAUAUCUUGGCUUCUGACUGACCAUCUGUCUCGUGAAAAGCAGUCUUGUGCAGAGGACAGCAGUCCAAAAAAACUGAAGACCUGGCCAGCAGCAUGACAACUUAGCAGAAGGCAAUUUGGCGUUCACAAGAUUUACUAGUUGGUCUGUAAAAAGAUUAACACUGAAAGACUCUGUAAUGGUAAGAAAUUUAAGAGCCUGAAAAGAAUUCUUAGAAGUUAGUUAACUAGGCCAAAAUCUUCCAAAAACAGAACAAAAGCCACUUUUGUGCUUACGCCAUUUGCAUCUACUCAACUUCUGAGUUACAUGCAAAUUGGGGUUUUGCAAAUGCAGAACUGCACCUUUGAAGAUAUAAUACGCAGAAGAAUUUUUUCUUACCUGCGGAUUGCUUUUCAUGACAUUACUACCAUGAUAGGCGCAUGCCUUGCCACUGAACAAGGAAAAGAAAUAAAAAGGGUGUAGUCACUGUUGUAGCAUUCUAGCCUUUCCUGGAGUAUGUACAUACCUGUACAGGAAAGAGCACAAAGACAGCAAGACCUUUAGAGAGGAAACCACUAAUUGCUUUGUCUCCUAAAAACAACUAGAAAAACUGAUUGCCUCUAGAGCAGUUUUAAGAAGGGAAAUACCCUCUCAUAGGCUGGCUAUGGGCCAGCCGACCCUUUUACAGGGCUUUAAAAACUGGUCAGGGGACAAACUGAGCUAGAAAUUGAAGACUCAAAAUGGGAGGAGCUGUGACUUACUGUGUGGGCAGGUGAUAGGAAAGAUUAACAUGGAAAUUGCCAAAAUCAAGCCAUGAGGACCCACUUGCUUGUUAUAAGCAGCAAUAUUUGCUCUGUAUUUAUCUAUAUGCUUGGUGUGGCAAUAAACAGUCUUUGUUGGCAAACUAAA